GUUUGUCGUACACUUAUUUGUAUUUAGCGUCAUAUCAACUUGGUUCUGGGAACAAGCCUUGUAGAGUAAAUGAUCUGAUUUUAUUGUUGUAGAUGGAAUGCAAAUUAGUUGAAGACUUUCAACAUAAUACGUCUUUGCCACUGCCAACUGUACGUCAAAACUAUAGUUUGUAUUUACCGUUGUCUACUCGACCUGAUUCGACACCGAUGACAAGUUCUCUAAUCAAUGAUCCAACAUCUGCGGUAACUGAUUCUAAACAAGACACUCCACAAAUUUCACACAACAGACGUGAAACACCGGAAGGAUUUACCAUGCCACACAAUCCAGAAAUUAGCCCAAAUCAACUAAAUUUGACAAGUGAAUCAGAGAUGAAUUCUCUUCAAUGACAAUCAAUCAUGGUUCAUUUAUAUCUAGUCCAGAUCCUGAAGAUGAAAUACAUAAUUUAUCAUUAAAUAAUUCAAUGAAUCAAAUUAAUCAUUUUAUUGAUCAUUAUCAAUCAUCAUUAAAUGAUUUCAAUAUUGAUUUAUUGGAUCAAGAUCAUAUCAAAUCGUAUAUGAAUACAAAUAGUAGUGAAUUUAGUUUAAAUGAUGAAAAUGAUAAUGAGAAUAUAGAAAAAUUCAAUUUUAAUAAAAGUCAAUCAGUCAUUGAAUUACAUCAUCAUAUUGAUAUGAUUAAAACAAGAACUGGAAAGUAUUUCAAUCAUAAUAAUCAUAAUAAUAAUAAUAAUAAU